UUGGCUUGCUACAGUAUAGUAACUUAUUGUUUCGCGCCAAUUCGUCGCUCGUGUUCCAACAUGCACUUGGCGCCUUGACUGUCGACCCCAGACAUCACUAUUUUUCAAAUUGCCUUUGCAUGAAGACUGAAAUCGCGCUGACGGCGGCCGCGGGGCUCGUGUCGUGGGUCGGGUGGCAGCUAGGACGUGUGUCCACCGUCCGGUUGGACUCUGGCUUUGCCUGCGCCUGUCAGCAAGUACAAGGUCACGUGAACGCUCCCGCGGCGCUCCAUAUCGUGUGCUACUGCGACGACUGCCAGAAGUUUGCCACUUUGACGUGUCAAUCCACGAGCAAAUCUCCAGUGGACACGCACGGAGGCACGGACAUCGUGCAGGUGUUUCCAGCGGACGUGACCGUCACCAAGGGCAAAGCCAACAUCACGAUCGCAAAGCUCUCGGACAAGACGGCGUUGCUUCGAGUGUUUGCCUCGUGCUGCAACACUCCACUGUUCAACGCCAUCGACGACUUGGCGUUCAUUGGGUUGUUCACGUCCACAUUGAAACAGCCCGAGGAUUUUGGGCCGGUGCAGUUUCGCAUCAUGGGCAAGUUUGCCACGUCCGCGCCGAUCGAGCCCGUGGCUCCCACCUUCUCCCUGGGCUUUGGCCUCGUGUUUUUCACACGGGCGCUGGUGGUGUACCGCUCGACGGUACCAUGCCCCGACUAGUUUCGAACUAAAAACAAAAUGCACAACGACGAACCUGCACACUGUCUACCCUUCGAAGUCAUGCAUCAAGAAUUCAAAGUAACAUUAUACUACUAGUAAGAAAAAAGGUCUUGUUGAU